UCGGCGGCAGCUGAACGCGAAGGUAUAUGCUACAGCGUGAGUCCGUGUAUACACUCGCUAUGUAUAUAGAUAUAUAAAAGUAUAUGCUCACUCACUGGCCGCGCGCGCGGUCCUCAGCAGCUGCAGAACCAUAUCCUGCGACACAUGAAAAUGGAGAAAAACAGCUGAUCGAUUGUAACGCACCGCAAUCGUGCACGUUUAGGAAAUAGGAAACUAAGCGUGUGCUUCCUCCGUUACCUCAAUAAAGUAAAUACUUGAAUUAUUCAGUGAUUAGACUUCGUUAAGCGUAGUAAAACGAAGCUCUUGAAUAAGAAUCAUCAACCGACGUAUAUACUUCUCGAAGGGAAAAGUAUGGAAGCCGAACUUUUGCAAAGUUUGGAAGAUGUCGGGUAUACUGGACCCCUGUUGGAUGCUCCAAAACUCAGCCAGGCUCUUCAAGGAGGAGCACAAUCUCCGGAAUUUACUAGUCUUGUCUCAUGGUUAACUGAUCAAAUCGGUACUUUUGAAAAGUUAGAUGAUACUGUACACCCCACAUCUUCCCCAGAAGAUGCCAACUCUUUCUUGUUGGAGUUGAGUACUUUUCUGAAGGAAUUAGGAUGCGUAAACACAAAGUUGACUACGGGUAAUGCUAAUCAGCGACUAGCUACUUUGGAGGAUCGACGAUCUCUCAUUGAAUAUUUGAUAAUAGAACUUAUGACAAGUAAAAUGCUGGAAGCUAGGAAACCAGAUACCAAUAACACCACAGAAAUUACUAUUAGUGAAAGUAUAACAGCUAAAAACAUGAGGGAAAUGCUGACAGCUUUAAGAUUUCAAAAACCUCCAGACAACAUCUCUCCCGAAUUGCUAUUUAAAAAAUUACAUGCUAAAGUAUCAGAAGUUAUUAAACAAGUACCCAAAGAUCUAGUCGGAAAGCCACUCUUUUUUGGAGAGUUAAAUAAUAAUCAAUGGGAAAGUUUAGAUAAAUUGCAAGGAGAUUUAAAUGAAGAAUAUACAAUAAGAAGAGAGAUGUUGUUGCAGCGAUUAGAUGUGACAAUCAAUUCCUUUUCAUGGUCGGAAAGGAUAAGGCCAAAACAAGAUGAGUUGAAUAAAGUUUACCACUCAAAAAGAGAUAUGAUGCAACGAGAUCCCGACGUGACGCUUGCUCAUCUUUUAUCAGCUAGAGACGAUUUGGCUGUAAUUGAGAAGACGAGCAACGCAUCAGUUCGUAAAAAUACCCGAAGCGCCGUCAACAAAGUUAUUAUUGGGGCAGUACCUGAUAGAGGAGGCAGGCCAUGCGAACAGGAACCACCUCCACCUGAAAUGCCAUCUUGGCAAAAGGACAGGGUACAAGCUCCACAACGGGGUGGAUUUAGUGGAGGUGGAGGUAGAGGUGGUGGUGGCGGUGAGCGGGGCGGUGGGCGAGGAGGCGGACGAGGUGGUGGCGGUGGCUAUCGCGACAACAAAUCGGCCACCACGAACUUCGGCCAGAACAAUGACAAUCAGCCCAAACAAUUCUUUGGAGAUAUGAAUUUAAGUUUCGGAAACCAAUAUCAGAAUAAGUAUUCGAAUCAAAGCUCUGGAUACAGUGGUAACCAAAAUCCUGGAUAUAGUAACAAGGGUGGUAAUUAUGGAGGAAAUCAAAGUUCUGGUGGAUAUGGUGGCCAAAGUAGCGGGUAUAGCGGGAACCAGACUUCUGGUGGCUAUGGUGGACACAGCACUGGAUAUAGUGGUAAUAAUCAGAGCUCUAACUAUGGAAACCAAACUUCAAGUGGAUACCACAAUCAAGGAUCAGGCGGAUACAAUAAUCAAGGAGGAGGUUACGAUAGAAAGAGUGGCGGUGAUUACAAUAGAGGCGGUCAUGGCAGAGGUGGUCGUGUUCAAGGAGGGUGGAACCAAGGAAAUGAUGGUUACAAUAAGGGGGGUUACAACAACCGUGGCGGGGGUCAAGGAGGUGGUCGAAGAUAUUAAUCGAAUUAAUUCUAAUGAUCAUUUUGUCGUUGAUUUUUCCUUAAAAUUAUUUCAUAAGUACCUUUUUUCUUAGUAAAAAUUUUAAUUUAUACAAUUAGAAAGCUACUCCGCAUUUUUAUAUGAUUACACAAUAAAUAUAAAAAUCUGUAUAAAAAUACUUAUAUAAGAACUAAAAAUGAGUGUGUAGUUUGUAUGUUUAUAACAGAUGCAAGACUGUCAACAGUUGCUUUGAAUGAUAUAUGUACAAUUCAUUUGCAAUUAAAAUAAUUAAACAACUAUUGUUGAAAAAA